ACUUUCACAGCCUCCCAGAUAGAAGCAUCAUGGCCGCCGGCGGGUGUCGGUGGCUUCACAGACAUGUUGUGUUCAAGUGUGCAACAGCAGGGUUGUUGCUGUCUGCUGCUGUCUUCCUUCUUGGAUUCUCGCUGCCACACUGGCACCCAGCCGCGGGACUGUGGUCGGCCUGUGGAAACACGGAGUGUGCCGCCUCUCUCUCAGUACCUUGGCUUGGUGCCGUACAGGGCCUGCUGUGCCUGUCGCUGCUAGGCUACAUCCUGUGUAUCAGUGCUGAAAUAUACCAAGACCUUUUAAAAGUUCCACCUGCACCAGACAAUAAUGCCGUUGAAGCUCUGGCGUUGUGUACAGGUGUUACAGGUCUAAUAGGGGCUAUCCUGUUUGCAAGCAAAGCUGUCGAUUCGCAUGCAGCGCAUCUUGGGUGGAGCUUCUGGCUAGUGAUGUCUUCCUCCAUUCUAGUGCUCAUCUCUGCCAUGGUCAUUGCUCUCAGCCGCAAGUUCCAUGCACAGAACAUCUCUCAGCCACCCAGAACUAUUAUGACACCUGUGUCUUCUGUACUGGUUCCAGACUUCCAGCCUACUGGCAUUCUAGCUCCAACUAUAGGAAGAAGCAAGCAGGCUUCUCACAAGCUGGGUCUAAGCAUGGACAUUCCACCCCCUCCAUACGCACUGCCACCACCCUACCCUUAUACCCUUGUACAGUUUGUACCCCCACAGAUUGUUUAUCCCCUGCCACAAAUCACUGCACCUGUAGAACCUAAACUGUCAACAUAAAAUAUUCCUGAAAGUUAGUUCCUUAUCUGUGGAGGUGGAAUUGGUGUUUUACGCUGUGCCAGCAACUGAGGCUAUAUUACGGCGUGGCAGCCAGCCCUGUAAACUUAUGUCUGGUCAUCAGCAGUCAGACAAACACAAACUGCUGGAUGUGUUUCUAUCAACUUUUCAACAUCCACAAGUUGCCCAGAUCCAAAACAACUUUCUUUUAGACAUAUUUACAUUUUGUAAACUUUUCUUGAGUAAAACCAACAGUUUUGUUUAACCUAUGCAAAUAGCCAUGUUUACUCAACAACAAAAAAUGUUCAUGGAUGCAAAAGCUAGAACAAUUAAAGUAUUUGUGAGAAUUGAAGUGAGAAAUACACAAAAUAGCACUUAGCAAUAUCUACUUGUUAUAUCCAGGGAUAAUAUACUGAGGCUCUACUCAGUCUUUUGUGGGUACAUUUUGAGAAAUAAUGACCAAAACUAAAUUUAAAGAAACUGAUACCUUAAAAAAUUUCUGUUGCAAGUGUCAAUCCAUUUUGCAGGUUGGUAUGUGUUUUACUUUUUGCGUAGAUGAACUCUUUAUCUGAUUUAGAGAUCAGUGGAGUACAAGGGAGGUCGGACAAAUCAAAGACUACACCUGUGAAAAAUGGAUGUUGAUACACACUUGUGCAAAUUAAUUGAAACAAACUCCAUUAGGUCAUUUUUUAAUGUUUACUUGUUUUAUUAAACUAUGUACAUAUUUUAGCUGUGUUUGUUUUUAAUUCCAUGACAAGAUGUUUGUAAUAUGAUGCCAAAACUUUCAUGGAUGAUGUGAUAAUGUUGAUGUUUUAUGUCUUAAUAUUGUUUUUACAAAUGAUUGUUUUUGUUUUCCGGGUUUGUUUCAAUUAAUUUGCAAAACUUUAAUGUACCUCCACACUAUAUUAAUGAACCAAGUCCUCACAAACUUCCACUAAGCAUCCUCAUUCCUGUGGGAACACACACAUGCACACAGGUAGGCAUAUGCACGCACAUGCAAACACAAGAACAAACCACUUUGACUGAAGUUUUUUUAUUCAGUUUACUUCAUGGGUUGGCACUUACAUAAAUAAAUUUAAGCUUUUUAAUUAAAGAAACUACAUUUGCUCUGAUUUUGAUUAAACGGGUUUCACAAUGAUUCAGAGAAUUGAUCCCAUUGACAAAAAAUUUAAAAAUUAAUACAGGCGUGAAGUAUUAUUCUAACAAGAACAAAAAAUGGAUGCUAUAUAUUUAAAAUGAAAACAUACAUAUCUCUCAAACAGGCAUCUCUAAACUCCUAAUGUUAUAGGGCAAAAAUGAGGCUGCUCCUGAAAUGUUUUGUUUUCUUCUCUGCAGAAUGUUUUGCUUAUCCGAGAAACAUCAUUGUUUUUAUUAGUAUUUGCAUGCCAAGAGAAUAGCAACUAAUUGGAACCUACUUCCAGCUAACAACAAACAUGCACUAAAUUUUGAAUAGAUUUAAUAACUCUCUGGGAGACAAUCACAAAUUUAUACAACUAUAAUACAAGUUAUACAACUCUGACGAAAAAUAAAGGCUGAAACCUAAAA